GACAACACUGUUAAUUGUGAUGGCAUUGUGUGUAUUGUGUGCAUUUUUUUAAUUGAAUAUUAAUGUAAAAAUAAAAAAAUUAAUAUUUACAUAAAACUCGUUUAAACAAAAAAAUAAUGAAUUGUGAUUUGUGUUUUAGUCCUCUAAGAAGGACUAAAGCCUUUAGUAUUUAUGAGGAUUUUUAUGAUAGCAAUCGCUUAGUCGAUAUAAUAGAACGAUAUUUACAAAUGCAGGUAAAAACUACAGAGUCUCAAUCAUCUUUAAUAUGUCAAUCAUGCUAUACACACUUGGAUGAUUUCCAUAAAUUUGCGCUGUUGAUAAAGGAGAAACAAGAAUUACUAACAAACGACAUACCCACAAUAAAAUUAGAUGAUUCGGAUGAAGAUGAGGAGCAGGAAGCUGGUUAUAUUAGAGACAGCGAUGUAUUAGUGGAGUUUAAGACUGAAGGUGGUGGUGAUAUGCUGAUGGAGAGUAACGAGAUGCAUUUUCCCCAGGACGAUCUAUUGAUGGUUAGCGAAACAAUGAAUGAUUUCCAUAAUAAUAGCAGUUUUUGUAUGGACAGUAGCAUGUCGAUGUCAAGUUUUGAACAUAUGCCUUGGCUGGGUGUGCAUGAUACAAUAUCAAAAUCAAGAACACCUUCAAAGUUACCACGAAAAACUCCUUACAAAACACACACACCCGAAGAUCGUGCCAGAAUUGUGGAGGCAGCUAAUCGGGGUGAUGAUUGGUCAGCUUUAGCAUCCGAACUGGGUGUAAAAUAUAAGACAGCGUACACUUGGGUGUCGACCAGCCGCAAAGAAAUGUUUAUGAAAAAUGGUAAAAAUAAUACGUUUACGGAAAAUAAUAUCGACACCAUUAUACAAUGGAUUGAGGAAAAUCGACAAAUAACUUUAAAGGAAAUUGUGGCUAAAGUUAAAGUUAUAAUGCGCAAAGAAGUGUGCGUUUACUUUGUCGAAGGCAGCCUAGAAGGACGACUUUAUCGUCAUAAGCGUUCUCUUGACUAUCACCCACAACUGAUAAACACCUUAGAAAAUCGAAAAAAACGUUCGGAGUACGUGAAUACAUUAAAGUAUUAUAUGGAUUUAAAAAAGACCGUAGUUUGGUUGGGUGAAACAAGCUUUAAAAUGUUUUGUCGCCGUGCCAAGGGACGCUUCAACACAAAUUCAACUUUUGCCACAUUCGAUCCUACGAUUUACAUAAUGGGCGCCAUAUCUACGGAUGGUGUCAUUGGAAUAAAACGCAGUCGAGAUCGUAUUAGACCUGAUGAUAUAUUUAAGAACUGGUCCCAAGCAAAAAACGAAAAUCUCACGAAUCUGGUAAUUGUAUGUGAUAGUGAUUAUUGCUUCUCAGAGCUAGAUGAAUAUUUCAACAAUUCUGAAGUUACACUGCUGCUAUUAAGUCCAUACUCUUACAUGUUAAAUCCUAUGGAAGCCAUAUGGGAUAAUAUAAUGUCAAGUGUUAAGAGAAAUCCGUUGAUGUCCAACACCAAUCCAACUGACAUUAAAGAACAUCGUUUAGUCGUUGCUGAGAAAUGCGUCGAUCAGGUUAUAGCCACAAUAUCCGCAGAAGAUUGCAACCGAGCUAUUCAAAAAUCGAACAAAUAUCAUGCUGACAUAUUGGCUUUGCAAGAUAUGCCAGUUAAAUAAACUGCAAAAUAGAAUAGAGAAAACUAUCGGUAUUUUAAAUUAUUUAUAUACUACUAUAAUUUAUAAAUAUGUAAAUGUAUUCCAUACAUUCAUACAUUUAAGACAAAGUAUUUUGUAGAUUUUAGUCCAUUAUAAUAUAAUAUAUUUAAUAAAAUUUAGUACAAAUUAUUAAAUAUA